CCUCAGUAUCGAGAUCUCUAUUAAAACUCCCAUUUGCUCACGAGACAAUAGACACUCGCAGAGGGGCACUGCCACUUCACCUCAGCUCUUCUUCCUCCUCCUCCUCCAAUGGAGAUCUCUCUCUAACAACAUACACAAUCAUAUAUUCUCAUAAUUCGACUCAUGCUUUCGUUCCCGUAAAUCAAUUAGCCGUCGGUGGAUCCGUCGACGUCGUCGAUCGUCGCUUUAUUGCUGAAUGCGUUUGCCGUUGAACAUGAAGUUCCUAUUGGAAUUGGUGACGUGCUGCGGCGCAUCCACAUUCCGGCAGCAGGCGCCGGCGGAGGAGACGCGAUCCCUGGUUCCGCCGCCCGAGACUCGGAGGAGGAAGAAAGGGAGAGUGGUGGUGAUGACGAGGCGCGGUCGUCCGGUGGCGGAAUGGAGACCCUCGCUCUCCUCCAUUUCCGAAGAUACUGCUCCGCCGGAGAAGAGCGAUGGCGUCGCCGUAACCAACCGGAAAAUCAGGAGGGUCGUUUCCGCGGCAUCCGCGUCGAGACCACCGCAAUAUCGCGAUGAAAACAGGCGAUCGGCAGGCUAUUCUUCUUCGACGGUGCCAACGUUGUCUCCAACACCCUUCAUGUUUUGACUCUUCUCCUUGGAGUUAACAUUAUAUAAAUAUGUAUGUAUUUGGUGUUUUCUUGUCCGUUGGCAACCUUAACGGACGAACAAACAAGAAAAAUUGUGUAUAUUUAUAUAAAUUGUAUGUACACAUCAUAUCCCUAUCUAGUAUAAUGAAUCGAUUAUACUAUUACAUUA